AUGGGCUCUGUGCCCCACAGACCCCUAGCCAAGGCAGAGGACGACGACACUGCCGAAGACGAGGUGGCGCCGGCGCCUGUGGCGUGAGUGGCGACAGGGGGUCCUUUCAGGAGAGGGUGGGUCUGGCCCCCCACAAGGUCUGAAGGACAGUGGACCAGCCCCCUCCUGAAAAAACAUGCUGACCCCUGCCUUAUGGAGUGUGGAGGUAACGGCUGGGCUGGUGGAAUCUUGGUGUGGGUGUGCUGGCCUCAUUGUGUGUUUUGUUUGAUGUCACAGAGCGUAUAGGAGCAGUGUGACAUCAUUGUUGUGUGCUUGUCUGUUGCCUCUGUGCCCAGAUGGUGUGUGGGUGACACUGCUGUCACCAUCCCCGUGACUGCUUGUUCCAGGAACAAGUAGGUGUGUCUUCUUGUUUCUCCAUGGGUUUUGUAUUUUCUAUUUUUGAGUUUCCCUUCCCUUAUUUAAUUUUAAUCAAUUAAUUUUUAAUAUUUAUAAAAUACCCUCCAUUUAUUCCAGGGACAUUCCAGGUGAAAUAUCCAUAUGCCCCCUUUCCUUUUAAAAUUCCAGCGCAGUGUACCUGAUCUAUUAAGGCAGCAAGAAAUUAAAACCAUAGGGUUUAGUUCCUUCCUACCGUAUAUGAACAGCGCAGGGUUGUCAGUCAAUCUGCAGGCAUAGAGGGGCAUCUAUCUCGAGAACCACCAUAAGAGGGUGGCGAAGCCUGAUAUUUGAAUUGUGGAAUCGGGGUCUCAGUUUGCUUGAGGUUUAGGUGCGCUUUGUGUAACAGUUAAAUCAUUCCUUGCUGAUUCUAGAGCUUGAUUCUAGAGCAUGCUUAGUCUAAUGGCAAAUCCUGCCGCAAUGUCAAGGAGAAAUCACCAUAUUCUAUAUCCCCUUUGGAAUUUUGUACAUAAAUGAGUUCAGAAAGGGUAAAGAAAUGCACGUGAUGUAAUGUGGAAACCAUCAAUAAUAAAUGGAUUUACUUGCGAAAAUGUCUGCUUAUUGAAGUAAAUAAAAUGAAGUACAGGUAGAAGCUAGAUCCAUUUUAUGUGUGUGUGGUUCAAGGCACAGAGAUGAAGGUUCUCUCUAAAAUGUUUCAAAGUAAACGAGGCAGUUUAAUGCUCUGGAUUCCACAGAGAUCUUUUUUUAAAAAAAAUGAUAUUUAUUACAUUUUAAAGAGUUACAAAAAGAAAAAGUAAAAAAAAGACAGCAUAUUUAAGAAAUACAAAUCAUCACAACACGAUAAUAUCAAAACAAAAACAAAAAAAGAAAAAGAAAAAAGAGGGGAAAAAAUACAUCUUCCCAUAACUUGUCUUUCAUUUGCUUCUUUCCUUGACCUCCUCACACCUCCCUUUUUUUGUAUUCUAGUUCAAUUAACUAUUUCAGCAAAUCUUUUCCAUCUUUUCCAGUUUUUGUCCUCUAUUCUAUCUUAAUAAAAUGUAACUUUACUUUCCCUCCUUCACCAUUUAACAAUCUAUUUUUCCUUAAUCCUUUAUAGCAUUUCUGCUAAAACCACAUUAUUUCAUUCCAACAUCCCGGAUUCCGCAGAGAUCUGAACAGCUGAGGUAGCUCUGAGAGACAAAACUCCCAGGCAAUCUGGAUGGAAGGGUGUAAGUUCUGAAAUGGCAAGAAGUAGGUUAUUCUGAAGUCUAUACUGUUACUAGCAAGCAAAAACAAAACACGAAAGCUUCGUCUUCAACCCAGUGCUCGUGACAAAUAUAACAACCACAUUCCAAACCAAACGUUAUUGAAAUGAUUCAUUUCGGUUCCUACAAAAUGGCAAUGCUUGGGAUUGCCAACUGGCAAGAGGAGUCGGGGAAUCAACUCUGCCUGGCUUGCUCUUGUGCAGCGCAAUGUGUAGCCAGCAGCCGGCGAUGGCUUAUCUCCAUGCCAUCAAAAGCUUCACCUGCUGGUUUCUGCACAUCUAGCUGCUGUUAAAAGUACAAGUUCAGUGGCUGGUUUGAAAGCUGGCAACUCCACUGCCACCCAUCAAUGCUUUUUGUACCGAAAUCUGCAUCUGUAAACCAUUGAUACGGUUACUGGGUCUUCUGGAAGCCUGUUGGUGUGAGCCCACUGUGACCUUAGAUGCCCUUUCUCCAUCUCCACCCAAGUAGUCUUGGUACUGGGGCUAUUCCUGUUUCACAUUUCAGGAUCUCUGGAAGCCCCUGGGACACACGAGAAUGUAAAGGCUGAUCAACAUUGUUGUUUAUUUGCGUACUACUUCAAUGUCUGAAUUGGUUUACAAAAUAUAAAAGCCAAAUACACAAAACCAGAUUAUUAUUAUUUUUUUAUAAGAUAUUUAUUAAAGUUUAAACAUUACAGAGAAAAAAAGAAAAGAGAAACAAAAGAGAAAUACAAGCAAUAAACAAUUACAAAACCUCAGAAACAAAAAUAAAUACAGUAAUACAAAACAUCAACAAUACAAAAAAGGCAAAAAAGAAAAAAGAAAAACAUUUUAAAAACCCAAAAAAGAACAAACAAAAAUAAAAAGAACCCCGUAUUUUCAUAUCCUUAUCUUUCAUUUGCUUAUUUCCUCGACUUCCUCACACCUCCUUUUUUGUAUUCUAGUUCAAUUAAUUAUUCCAGCAAGUUCUUUCCCUCUGUCUCAAAUUUAGUUCCAUAAUUUAUCUUAACACAAUUUAGCCUUAAAUUUACCCCUUUACCCAAUGUCAAUCUGUUCAUACUUAAUUCUUUUUAGUAUUUCUACUAAAGUCAUGUAGCUUCUUUCCAGCAUCCUUCUAACAUUCAUUAAUUUUAGAAUAUUUCUGUAAAUAUACUUUAAAUUUUUUCCAAUCUUCUUCCACCGACUCUUCUCCCUGGUCUCGGAUUCUGCCAGCCAUUUCCGCCAAUUCCAUGUAAUCCAUCAGCUUCAUCUGCCAUUCUUCCCUGGUAGGUACACAAAACCAGAUUAAAACCCGUGAUUAAAAUACGUAAUAGAACAGUGUCAGAAACGGUGAGAUGGAUUGGGAAGGUAGGAUAUGAUAUUUAUGAAUUGCCCUUCCUCUUACUCACUUGAGCAAGAUCAGCGUCUAGUUUAGCAGAGCUAAAAAUAUACCUUCCUUUGCAGCAAUAACACCAAAACUUGGUACAAAGCUGUGUUAGCUUUCUAUAAUAAUCCAGGAUGCCUUGAGCAGACUGGAUCUCCCCUUUCUUUUAUCCCUCUAAACAAAAUAACACUAAAAUCUGUAAUGUAAGAAUAUAAAAGUAUUAUUUACUUACAUAAAGUUGCAGACUUGAUUCAGGCAGAAAAUAGCAGUGAAGCAAGUUGGGUAAAAUCUCCUUCUAGAUUGCAAAAUACACGGUUUAGUAGAUCAAAGAUGGCACCUGGACUCAGGAGCGCACCGACUCUGGCUCCUGUCCCUAUGGCUGAAUGACGAGAAAGAAAUGGUUCCUCAGGUGGGAGGAUGUAGUAAGGAUUAUCUUCCUGUUGUUGCUCUUCUUGCCUGGAGAAGCAGAGGAUGUGAUCUCACAGAGUACCCUCUAGGAAUUUACAGGGAAAUCCAUGUGUCUUAACCCUUUGCUCACCUAGCAAACAUAGAAUUUAAUAUAUUUGACUGCAGCAGUAUUUCCCCACAAUAAAAGCAGUACAACGUUAACUAAAAUAACGUUGGCCAGAUCCUGGUCAAGGGAUCAGGUGCAACGGUUGUGGAAAUAGGUGCAUCUUCAAGAGGUGGCAGAAUGCCAGUGGUUAUGGUGUUUCUUCAGUUUCAACAAAGAGGGCAUUCUACAUGAUCACAAGUCAAUAGUUAUUGGUCACAGCCAAGGCUAAUUGGGUUAUGUUCACUGAUUUUACAGGGCAAUAGAGGAGAAGCUGGCCUUUCAGGUAACCUGGUCCUGAGUAGUUUAGGGUUCUUGUCUGCUGCUACUUUCAUUGCUCAAGCAGAACAUAGCCAAAAAAGAAGGAUGCAUUCAACAAGUCCUGCUGAUGUAUUCCAUUGCAUGCUUUAGUAUUUAUCGCCGAAAGCUUCCUUCUAGAGAGAUAGGUGCCAAGUCAUUUUUAGUUGCAUACUGACGAUGCAAUCUGACAACCCUGAAGUAAUUGUAGACUCCUGUGAUUAUAUUGUCACUACUUGGAAGACUCUAAAUAAUCCUGACACAUUUUUUUUUUCAACUGAUUGAUUGCUAGCAAUGAUGUAAUUUGUUCUAGCGGCAAGUCAGAUUAUUAAGAAACUGUCUCAUCUGUUGUGUGGUUAAUAGAGUAUUGGAAGAUUGUUGUAAAUAGCUGCUCUGCUAUGUCUAAAUUAUAAGGGAACAUCCCAGAAAGGGCAAAAUGGGCAUAAGUUCAUGUUCACCUGUUGGAAUUCCCUACUCACGUUGUAGUUCUGGUUGAAAUUCAGGGAUCUGGAGAAAAGGUAAGCCAACAAAUGAACAAUCAAAAGGUUCGUUAGGAGUUUUUGCUUAAUUUCCUGUAAUUCCAAAUUUUCAUCAAAACUCAGUUGACAACAAAUCUCUCUGAUUGCCUGGUGGUUCCAUCAUCGCUAUUGUUGCUCUUUCUCCCACAAUACAACAUUGCACACUAAAAACCUCCCUAAACAGGGCUGCCUUCAGAUAUCUUGUAAAAGUCAGAUAGUUGUUUAUUUCCUUGACAUCUGGUGGGAGGACGUUCUACAGGGCAGGCGCCACUACCAAGAAAGCCCUCUGCCUGUUUCCCUGUAACCUCAGCUCUCACAAUAAAGGAACCACCAGAAGGCCCUUGGAGCUGGACCUCAGUGUCCGGGCUGAACGAUGGAGGUAGAGAUGCUCCUUCAGGUACACAGGGCCAAAGCCAUUUAGGGCUUUAAAGGCCAGCACCAGCACUUUGAGUUGUACUCGGAAAUGUACUGGGAGCUAGGGAAGAUCCUUUAGGACUGGUGUUAUAUGGUCCCUAGCUGCCGCAUUAUGCAUUGGUUCUCAUUUCUGAGUCACUUUCAAAUAUUGGUGGACUCCAACCAUAGCUGUCAACCAUCCCUUAUUUGGUGGAAAACUCCCUUAUCCCAGCGCCGUUUCCCACUGCUGUCCCUUAUUGAUGAUGUUCCUUAAAUUUCCCGGGUUUUAAAGGAAGCAGCUCCUCUCCCUUCCUCCCUCCCUGCCGGCCAGGGAGGAGGGAGGCUCCAACUGUGUUGCUUGGCUGCGUUGCUCACCCAAUAAGGAGUCUAAGAAUGACUGGGGGUGGAGCUUGCAUGCCUUGUGCCGAUCAAAUCGUCUGCAUUGCCUGGGGACUCGCCUUUGCUCAGCGCUUCCCAGCGGAGAGGUGAUGGUGGUUUUCCUCGCUGCAUCCCCUUUGACGGGUUGCUGCGCUGUGGGAACCACCACUUGAGGCUUCGUUUGGCUGCUGGCUGGGCUUUCUGCCUUUGGCUCAGAGGGGCUCAGAAGUUGAACAUACCUGUGCUUGGAAUCGGAUGGAUGCGUCAUCGACGGCCCACUCACCCUUGCCGGGGAAAAGGUCUGUCUGGAGAGAGGUCACAUGGUGGGGGAAAAGGAAAGGAGCUGGUUGAGUACAAUGGCGGGUGGCAAUCUCGUAGGAGGGGCUUUUGGAUUUGCUUUGGAGGCUCCUUUGAUUGUUGGGGGAAAGGAAAGGAGCUGGUUGACUAAAAUCCCUUAUUUUGGCUGCUGAUCCCUUAUUUUCGAGGCUGCUGGUCCCUUAUUUUCAAAUCUGUAAGUUGACAGCUAUGACUCCAACCAUCCCUAUAGCCACUAUGGCCAACAGUCAGGGGUAGGUGGUGUUGUAAGUCCUCCAUUCCUGCUUUAGAACUGCAGAACAUUAUAUAUACAUAUAUCUGCCCAAAUGUGACCAUUGACUGGAAUUUCACCAAGCCUGGAGUGUCAGAACUGCAGCAGCAGAAGGCGAAGCUGAGAGUGGUUGGGAGCAGGUGUCUGGCGGUACUAGCCGCUCUUGGAGCUCAUUCCCUGACAUUUAGGAACAUCAUGGCUGCACAUUUCUGUGCCAAGAACUGGGGGCUGCUAUAGCAUGUGCCCACCCCCUUCCUUCGCCGGGACAUUUGUUAGCCCACCCACCUAGCGAAGAAAAUGGGAACACGGCACAUUAAGAGGGCGGGUUUGUUGUUUUGUUGUGGCUGCUAGACAGCAGGUUUGUUUUGCAGCAGAACAUGGAUUCGUGGAGGGAUAGAAUUGUCUCGAAAAGGAAAAGAAGAAGAAGAAGAAGAAAAACCCUUUAUGGCCGCAUCACGCUUGGAAGCAUUACAGGGCAAACAGGUGGGAUGAAAAAUGUCGAGGCAGAUGAAGGAGAAAAAUUUCAAAGCUCCCAGAUAAAGAUGUGCAGAUUUAAAAGAUGGACAGCAUUCGCACAAAACCUGGCAAGCGGCGGGUGCUUUCACAAGGCAGUCUAAGAACGCCUUUAUGCUCCUGCGGUAUUGCAGCAUUUAACACAGGAAAGCGGUCCUUUUUAAUUUAAAUGAGACCCUAAGAAAAUACCCCACUCUUGAGACAUUCUAUACUUUACUUUCAGGUUUAAUGAAUUGGGGGAUUCUCCUCCCGUGCUUCUGAGGUGAUGGAGUCUUAGAGAUUAACAUUCUCAGUUAUGAAACACCAUUUUUGCCAUAGAUAAAAAAAAAAAAACUUGCAUCCACACUCCCCCCCUAGGAAGAUAGAAAGGUGUCUUAUACUGAGUCAGACUAUCUAGCUUUGUAAUGUCUCCCCUAGGUGGUGAUGGACUCCAGUUCCCAUCAGCCCCAGCCACUGUGGCCUAUGGUCAAGGACGGGGGAAGCUGUACCUCUGCGCAGGAAAUAGUGUUCUCCUAGCAAAAGGGACACGGGUGGCGCUGUGGGUUAAACCACAGAGCCUAGGACUUGCUGAUCAGAAGGUUGGCGGUUCAAAUCCCCGUGACGGGGUGAGCUCCCGUUGUUUGGUCCCUGCUCCUGCCAACCUAGCAGUUCGAAAGCACGUCAAAGUGCAAGUAGAUAAAUAGGUACCAAUCCGGCGGGAAGGUAAACGGCGUUUCCGUGCGCUGCCCUGGUUCACCAGAAGAGGCUUAGUCAUGCUGGCCACAUGACCCUGAAGCUGUACGCUGGCUCCCUUGGCCAGUAAAGCGAGAUGAGCGCCGCAACCCCAGAGUUGGUCACGACUGGACCUAAUGGUCAGGGGUACCUUUACCUUUACCUUAGCAACCCUUAACAUGCCACAAUUCGCAGGAUUCUUUAGGGGAAGCCCUGCCUGUUAAAGUGAUAUGAUAGUGCUUUCAAUUUAUAGCACAGAUGGGACCACUGCAGUGAUGUCCUCUGGAGGAAGGGCCAUGUCACGCACCCCAGUGUCCAUCAUUUUAACAAAAGACGGGAAGACCAGCUAAUUUUCUGCCAGGCAUUUGUUGAACCUGAGUUGCUUUCCUAGGUUCAGCACAGCUUCAAACACUUCAUCGCAACCAGUUAAACAGCAUCGCCAUGAAUCUUGUGGUCCACCUGAGAUCCAGGCUGUAGCUGUAGGUCCUGCUUCUCAAGCACCUAUGUUAGCACUCCACCCUUGCCUAGUGUAAAGGUAAAGGUAAAGGGACCCCUGACUAUUAGGUCCAGUCGUGACCAACUCUGGGGUUGUGGCGCUCAUCUCACUUUAUUGGCCGAGGGAGCCGGCGUACAGCUUCCGGGUCAUGUGGCCAGCAUGACUAAGCUGCUUCUGGCGAACCGGAGUAGUGCACGUAAAUGCUGUUUACCUUCCUGCCGGAGCGGUACCUGUUUAUCUACUUGCACUUUGACAUGCUUUCGAACUGCUAGGUUGGCAGGAACAGGGACCGAACAAUGGGAGCUCACCCCAUCGUGGGGAUUUGAACCGCCGACCUUCUGAUCGGCAAGUCCUAGGCUCUGUGGUUUAACCCACAGCGCCACCCGCAUCCCUCUUGCCUAGUGUAGUAAUGGGUAAUAACAAGAGUUAAGGAUUGUCUCUGGUAAUUUUGGCCUGGAGCAAAGCCCUUUCUUUUCCCUAUGCAGUUGUAUAAAUAGAUUCUGGUUCUGGGCCUAAAAAGUGAGUAAGCCUGCUUCAUAUUAAAGAAGAACUUAACAACUAAGCUGCCUUCUUCCUCAUGGUCUCUCGGCCAAGGAGAGAUGGCAUGGCUGGGGCAGGUGUUGCAGGUGAUUGUGGUCCUCUCAUUUCCAGUUUUGAGCCCCUUUCUUCAGCCCCUUCUGUUUCUUACAUCCCAUCUCAAGCCUUCUCCUCAUGCCCCUAACUGUGCUUAUGAGGGUCUACCCAUGAAGAGGCCACAGAACACUGGCUGCCUCUCCCCACAAAGGAGCUUCUAACCAAGAUGUAGGUUGGCGUAUGGACUCCUGUCUGCAGUUCAGCUGGUAUGUGGCAGUUGGGACCUGCACUCAUCUGGGGUCAACCCCCACUUUGAGCAGCAGUUGGGGACAUCUGCUGUGGCUUAAUGGCGGACCCUCCAGGUGUCUCUAUUUUCCAGGGACAGUCACAAUUUAGAGAAGCCAACCCCGUUUCUGAUUUGAUCCCUGAAUGUCCCGCUUUUCCACAGGGCGCCCCUAUUUUCAUCGGAGAAACGCUAGACAGUAUGGAGUUAUAUAACCCCCGAGCCAAGGAGAUAAGUACCUAUACAACCUUUAGAAGACAUCUGAAGGCAGCCCUGUAUAGUUUUAUUAUGCUUUUAUGUAUGUUGGAAGGUGCCCAGAGUGGCUGGGGCAACCAUGUCAGAUGGUAUUAUGAUUAUGAUUAUGAUUGUUGUUGUUGUUACUGUUACGGAAUAGGAUGUAUCAUUUUCAAGGCGCUAAAUAUACAGUGGUACCUCGGGUUACAUACGCUUCAGGUUACAUAAGCUUCAGGUUACAGUCUCCGCUAACACAGAAAUAGUGCUUUAGGUUAAGAACUUUGCUUCAGGAUGAGAACAGAAAUUGUGCUUCAGCAGCAGGAGGCCCCAUUAGCUAAAGUGGUGCUUCAAAUUAAGAAUAGUUUCAGGUUAAGUACGGACCUCCAGAACGAAUUAAGUACUUAACUCGAGGUUAAGAAGGAAGAGAGCUCUGCUCAUACGCUUUUUAGAGGUACCAUUUUACUAUUCCUUAGGCCUAGGCAACUCAGUUUCAGGAUAACAAGAGGAUCUCGCUUUGUUCCAUCUCCAGUUGACAGGUGGAGAGCUGGGGCUAACAGCUGUCCGUCAUACUCAGAGAUGACAUUUAUCCAUGAAUGCUCAUCAUUCAGGCAUUAGCACAUUGGCCUUGGGAGCCAUUCUCCAGGUCUUCACUUACAGGUGGGAACUUGCUUCAUAUUUUGAUGGCAUUCAAACAACACCGGAACAAUCUGUGAUGCCUGGCCCAAAGGGAGUUAGCGUGGCUUUCUGAAAAUGUCAUUUCUUGGUUCACAAAAACCUGUACACUGUCAUGGAUGGGAAAUGUAGGCUUCAACCUUCUUGGUGCUACAAUUACAGCCCUUAGAAAAAAACACACACGGCAGCGGCAGAAAUGGAGACUGCUAAGUAUUCAGUUAGAAGGCUAAUCAAAAGUUUUCCCAUUCUAAAUAACUUGUGAACCACAUAGCUCUGUUGUCUCUUGUGUUUGACGGGCUACCUGCGCUGCAGUCAGGCUACAAUUUCUAUGAGGGGGAAUCAAAUCAUCAGCUAAAAUCAUCCAGUCCUGAUUGUCAGGCUCUUGAGAACGAUGGUUUAGGAAGGCAACGGAUAGAAAGCUGUCUUGCAUCGAGCCACUCACCCUGAUUAUUGAGUUGUUGUAUUUUAAAUGCAUUAUACACUGUCUCUUGAACAUUGGUUGGCAAGAUGGUAGGAAGGUGCCUUAUACUGAACUAGGGCUUGGGCAAUAUCUGGGUGUCAACAUUGCGAUGUAUCGCCAGCUAAACAUUGUGAUAUACUGACCUAUUACAAUGUAUGAAACAAGGAUGGAGCUCUGUAGAGGUAUUGACCAGCUUCACGGUUUUCCCCACAUUGUGAUUUUUUUUGCCUAGCAUGCUCAUACACACAUCAAGAUUUGUGAUAUAUUGCCAGGUCAAAAAUCGUGAAACCGAUAUCACAAUAUAGACUUCAAACUGCUUCUGGACGAUAUAUUGCUAUAUUGCCCAGCCCUAUGGUGCUGGAGGAGACUCUUGAGAGUCCCAUGGACUGCAAGAAGAUCAAACCUAUCCAUUCUGAAGGAAAUCAGCCCUGAGUGCUCACUGGAAGGACAGAUCCUGAAGCUGAGGCUCCAAUACUUUGGCCACCUCAUGAGAAGAGAAGACUCCCUGGAAAAGACCCUGAUGUUGGGAAAGAUUGAGGGCACAAGGAGAAGCGGACGAAAGAGGACGAGAUGGUUGGCUAGUGUUCUCGAAGCUACCAGCAUGAGUUUGACCAAACUGCGGGAGGCAGUGGAAGACAGAAGUGCCUGGCGUGCUCUGGUCCAUGGGGUCACCAAGAGUCGGACACAACUAAACAACAACAACACACUGAACCAGACUAAUGGUGAAUCUAGUUCAAUAUUAUCUGCCCCAGCUCGCUGUGCCGUUCUCGGUUUCAGAAUGGGGUCUUCCCCACUUCUGCCAAGUGAUUCCAGGUACUGGACCUUGGACCUUUUUUGGAAGGUGAACCAUGGGUCUGUACUGCUGAGCCGCAGGCCUUCCCAAUGCAAUAGGUAUUGUAUAAAUAUUUUAAUAAAAAUAAUAUAUAUUUGCAUUAACCUCGCUCCCUCUGUGGUGCUGACAGCUGGGUAGCUUUCUGUGAUGCCCCAAAUCUGGGGUGAAAUGCAGAUGCUAAUAACAUUUGCAUGAAAUCCAAAGGAAGGAAGGCCUUAUUGUAGGUGGGGAGAUCUUUGUACCCACCACGGACCCUAUGAUCAGCAGGUGAGGCCUUGUUGCUGUUGCUGGGGGCUGCCUAGGUUGGUGUGAACCCAUGGCAGGGCCUUUUCAGUGGUAGCUUGAGGGAUGCCCAACCUAUUGAGGUGUGCCGGUGUGCCUCCUUAACUGAGGAGAAACCUUAAAGCUUUCCUGUUUACCCAGGCAUUUGAUGGCUGAAAGACACUGUUCCUAGCAACCCUGAGAUCACUGGUUGAGAGAAUGGGUUUUUGUUCCGUUUUGUUUAGAACGCAUAUAGGGGCCACCCACUGCCUCCCAUCCUAACCUACCUCACAGGGUUGUUGUAAGGAUAAAACAGGGCAGAGGAGGACCACAGAUGCCACCGUGAGCUUCUUGGAGGAAAGGUGAGAUAGAAAUGCAAUAAAUACAUACAUAAACAAUCAAACAAACAUAUAGAAUGCAUACAUAUUUAAAAUGAAUGUGUUUGCUGCCCGGGGCUCCUUUGGGAGGAAUACUAUGAAUAAUAAUAAACGAUCAGUGCCAGAUUUACGUAUAAGCUAAACAAGCUAUAGCUUAGGUCCUCACUCUCUUAAAAAGGUAAAGGUACCUCUGCCCGUACGGGCCAGUCUUGACAGACUCUAGGGUUGUGCGCUCAUCUCACUCUGUAGGCCGGGAGCCAGCGCUGUCCGCAGACACUUCCGGGUCACGUGGCCAGCGUGACAAGCUGCAUCUGGCGAGCCAGCGCAGCACACGGAACGCCGUUUACCGUCCUGCUGGUAAGCAGUCCCUAUUUAUCUACUUGCACCCGGGGGUGCUUUCGAACUGCUAGGUUGGCAGGCGCUGGGACCAAAUGACGGGAGCGCACCCCGCCGCGGGGAUUCGAACCGCCGACCAUGUGAUCGGCAAGUCCUAGGCGCUGAGGUUUUACCCACAGCGCCACCCGCGUCCCUUCCCUCACUCUCUUGGGCCCCCCCCAAAAAAAAUUAAAGGAAAAACCUACAUACAGGAAACAGUGUUUUGUGUUGUGUAGGCUCUUGCGAUAUAUGACAAUGUAUGAAACACCUUGAAGAACAAAUUGCUAAAGUUAGAACAAGUCACAACUAAAGCAUGUAUUUAAAUCCACACGGACCAGAAAAUUAGUAAGAGAGGCAACGGGACAUUUAAGAACAAAGGAGUAAAAGUGGAAUUGAAGGAAGACGGAGAAACCAACACAUUGCUUGGGUUUCUUGGGCAGCCCAGCUCCCUUUAAUUGGCAAGGCCCAUGCGAAGAUUCCCACCUCCAGUCUGCUGCCCUGCCAAAAGGCACAACUCCCUUAACGUCUUUCUUCCUUUCCUUUCCUUUCCUUUCUAAAAAGCAUCUUAGGGAAAUUUGUAGCUUUUGCAUUAAGCCGAUCAUUAAUAAAUUGGACUGUAACAGACUCCAGCUGCAAGCCUGCUGAAUAAGCCGGAUGCAACGUUCAGGUAAUUGGCAAACGAGCCACCUGUCGCCUUUCUUCGCGGCACCAGAAGCUUGAAUUGCUUCUACCUGGGGUGCGAUUCUACUCAAGGAGAAAAUGGGGUUCUUUUAAUUAAAUUAGCCUUUCCUUCCACAUCAUCCUCGGCUUUUCUACUCCCUUUCUCUUUUCAGGAGGCGGAAUGAUUCGCUGGGAUUUACAGACACAAUGGCGGCAGCUUGUCAUGCUGCAAUACACCCUGAUUAAUACGCCUGCGUUGCUUGGGGGAAAGAUUUAUUUGCAACCAGAGUUCUGAAACUGCCUUGGCUAUAUGCUCCCCCCCCUUCUAGAUGUGCGUCUUAAUUGUAGUCACAAGAUAUUCUCCCGCAUCGACUUCCUCCGGCGGAGAGCAAUGUCCCUCCUCCAGUCCUGAGGGGUUUGUCAUCGGAGCUGGUAAAUAUGAAAAGCAACGUUCAUUUUCUGGCAGUGAGAACCAUGACUGGGUGCUCAGCACACUGGUUGGCAAGGCAGUGGGGGUGCUCUGGAUGGGGCAUGAAGGAUGGCCCUGCUCCGUCUUGAAAUUGUGCACCCCCUACAUGUGAGUAAAGCAUAAAUAAGUUUACCCUGCUACUCAGAACCACAGGGUCAUGGGGCCUGAACCAAAAUUACCCCCAGGACACAGCACAGGUCUCAGUUAUCCGGCCUCUGAGCUACCUGAAGCCAGCCCUGUAUAGGGAUUCCCUCCCCCCUUAGUGUUUAAUUAUGUUUUUAUAUAUGUUGGAAGCCAUCCAGAGAGGCUGGGGCAACCUGGUCAGAUGGGCGGGGUAUAAAUAGUAUAAUUAUUAUUACGGAAUGAGGCGUUCCUAUUUUCAUCAGAGAUAUGUUGGAGGGGAUGCACAACCAUUAGGGAACAAAAGGAAAGGAUAUUCAGAAAGAAGAAUUACAGUGGUACCUCGGGUUAAGAACUUAAUUCGUUCGGGAGGUCCGUUCUUAACCUGAAACUGUUCUUAACCUGAGGUACCACUUUAGCUAAUGGGGCCUCCCGCUGCUGCCGCACGAUUUCUGUUCUCAUCCCGAAGCAAAGUUCUUAACCCAAGGUACUAUUUCUGGGUUAGCGGAGUCUGUAACCUGAAGUGUCUGUAACCUGAAACGUCUGUAACCCGGGGUAUCACUGUAUAAGGUAUUCUAUAUUCAGGUAGGUAGCUGCGUUGGUCUGAUGCAGUUGAAAUAAAAAAUUUAAAAAUAGUCCAGUAGCACCUUACAGACCAACUAAGUUUGUUCUGGGCAUCAGCUUCCGUGUGCAUGCACACUUCUUCAGAUACACUGAAACCGAAGUCACCAGACCCUUAUAUAUAGUGGGAGGGUGGGGUGGGGGUUUUCUCAGGAGGGUAGUAGGAGAUGGGUGGUUGACUCAAUGGGUAUAGUAAACCUGUUAACAACUGCAAUUUGUCCUACAGGAAAAAGCAACGAAUAGUAUGCAGAUGACCAAAAAUAGCUUUAGCAUGUGUAAUGAGACAAGGAUCCAAUAUCUCUAUUUAGACCAGGUCUCUCCACAGUUUUCAGUUUAGUGUUCUCCUACUGGCUUCUCUUAGAGGGACGCGGGUGGCGCUGUGGGUUAAACCACAGAGCCUAGGGCUUGCCGAUCAGAAGGUCGGUGGUUUGAAUCCCCGUGAUGGGGUGAGCUCCUGUUGGUUGGUCCCUGCUCCUGCCCACCUAGCAGUUCGAAAGCACGUCAAAGUGCAAGUAGAUCAAUAGGUACUGCUCCAAUGGGAAGGUAAACGGCGUUUCCAUGCGCUGCUCUGGUUCGCCAGAAGCGGCUUAGUCAUGCUGGCCACAUGACCUGGAAGCUGUAUGCCGGCUCCCUCAGCCAGUAAAGCGAGAUGAGCGCCGCAACCCCAGAGUCGGCCACGACUGGACCUAAUGGUCAGGGGUCCCUUUACCUUUACCUUUACUGGCUUCUCUGGAUAAAUGGACAUAAAUCUGACAUCAGGAAUCACAAGACAGAGAAGCCAGUAGGAGAACAUUUCAAUUUCCCAGGACAUUCAAUACAGGAUCUCAAAGCAGCUGUCUUAUUACAAAAGAAUUUCAGAAAUAGACUUGAAAGAGAAGUUGCUGAAUUACAACUUAUUACUCAGCUGAAAAAGGGACAUGGGUGGCGGUGUGGGGUACACCACAGAGCCUAGGACUUGCUGAUCAGAAGGUCAGCGGUUCGAAUCCCCGCGAUGGGGUGAGCUCCUGUUGCUUGGUCCCAGCUCCUGCCAACCUAGCAGUUCAAAAGCACGUCAAACUGCAAGUAGAUAAAUAGGUACUGCUCUGGUGGGAAGGUAAAUGGCGUUUCCGUGCGCUGCUCUGGUUUCGGUGUUCCGUUGCACCAGAAGCGGCUUAGUCAUGCUGGCCACAUGACUGGAAAAACUGUCUGUGGACAAACGCCAGCUCCCUCGGCCUGUAAAGCAAGAUGAGCGCUGCAACCCCAGUGUCAUCUGCAACUAGACUUAACUGUCAGGGGUCCUUUUACCUUUACCUUUAGAGUAAGGUUACCAGAUUAUUAUUUUUCAAUGAAUCCGGGGACACUUUUCAACUUCCUACUAAAUAGAUGGAUUUUGUGAGGGGACUGAUUGGCAAAUCUGGGGGCUGUCACCAGAAAACGGGGACAUCUGAUAACCUUGACCUAUUGGUCUAACUGAAGGCAGCUUUCAAGGAACAGGCACACAUUAUCUGCCACCCAACCCUAUGCAAAGCAUAUAACAAAUCUAAUCCUCCCUUCUGCUGCCCGCUGUAACUUUGUAGAAAGCCUUCUACCUUUUCCCCAGAGUCUUCGCUGACAGCUGGCAGAUGCAGAAAUAAGGAAAGAACUCCCCACCCCCCCGCCACCCCAGUUGAUCACAAAGUCAGAGCUGGAAUAGACAUACCAAAGUGCUGAUAAAACCAUAGAAAGUUUCUGCAUUUUGCUGCCACAUGGUGGAAGAAUGGGGAAUUUUCUUUCUCUCGUAAAAGAUGUCAACAGCUCCCUUAACCAAGAAUAUACAUAUAGCAAUAAUAGGCGUUUGGGGAUAGGUGUUGUUUAUGGGUGCGCCAUCUUUAAAGCCUCAAAAAGGGGGGCUGCAAAGACUGGUUUAUAAAUUGAUUACGGUAUUGAUUAUAAUGUUUGGUAAAUUAGCCCUUCUCUCUUUAUAAACCCUGUUAGUCAAAAGGGCAUACUUCUUCCUGGAUGGCAUGCUCUAAAAACAAAACAAAGCCCUGUUUGUUUUCAUAUGCAUAUAUAUGCAGAUUUUGUAAAUUGGUUAUUAGGAGCAAUUGACUAAGGUUUCAGUUGCAUGCUCCCUUAAAAGGUAAAGGGACCCCUGACCAUUAGGUCCAGUCGUGACCGACUCUGGGGUUGUGGCGCUCAUCUCACUUUAUUGGCCGAGGGAGCCGACGUACAGCUUCUGGGUCAUGUGGCCAGCAUGACUAAGCCAUUUCUGGCGAACCAGAGCAGCGCACAGAAAUGCCGUUUACCUUCCCGCCGGAGCGGUACCUAUUUAUCUACUUGCACUUUGGCGUGCUUUCGAACUGCUAGGUUGGCAGGAGCAGGGACCGAGCAACGGGAGCUCACUCCGUCGCGGGGAUUCGAAUCGCCGACCUUCUGAUCGGCAAGUCCUAGGCUCUGUGGUUUAACCCACAGCGCCACCCAAUUGCAUGCUCCCUUACUUGGGAUCAAGUUCUUUUGAGCUCGGUGAUGAUUACCCUAGAACCAUAGAAUUGUAGCAUUGGAAGGGACCCUAAGGAUCAUCUAGUCUAACCCCCUGCAAAGAAGGAAUAUGCGGCUGUCCCAUACAGGGAUCGAACCUGCAGCCUUGGCAUUUGCCUGCACCACGUUCUAGCCAACUGAGCUAUCCAGUCCCUUCUGGCUAGAUGUGACCAGCACAGCCCGAUAAGAACCUGAUCUCAUGACAGCUUGCAGCUUACUGGAAGGUGGGGAAAAGAUCUGGAGAAAAGCACAGCCUUGAUAGCUUUUGUUUAUUAUGCCAUUUUCAGGAGUGCAAGUAAAAUGUUGUCACGCUCCUGUUUCACCAAGUGCUUCUGAAGAAGGUGCUUCAAACUGCUCUGUUCGAGUGUAUCCCAAGCAGCCUAUGAAUAGAGGCUCUUGUUGCAGUGGUUGCUAUUAGCAAGCCCUUGUUCUAAAGUGAAUAGCACAGUAAAUAAUACUUGAUGAGCUGUGAAACACACACAAAAGGGUAGGAUCACCAGUUAAAAUAGCCCCGAGCCAUUUUUAAUUGCCUAUUGUCUUGUUGCUGUUUUUAUUAUCAUCCUGAAAACUGUACCCUUUGAUGCUGUGGGCCAGAGAACAGGAACACCAUUAUAUUAUUAUUAUUAUUAUUAUUAUUAUUAUUAUUAUUAUCAUUAUCAUCAUCAUCUGCUUUAAAAAUCAGCCUACCUAAAAACAAGGCACUAAAUAAAAGGCAGCAAAAAAGCAAAGCAAGUCUGCAACACAUGUAGAAUUGUAGAGUUGCAAGGGAACCCCCCCUGAUUAUCUAGUCCGACCCCCUGUGAUGCAGGAAUCCUGGCUUGAACCACCAACCUUGAAAGUGUGUGUGGGCAGCGGGUUGGGAAAAGAAUCCAUAUUUUGAUUUUACUUAAAAUAUGGCCCAGGUUAUAUUUGUGUAUGUGUGCACUAACUUUUGAGACCACUUAAAAGUUCCCUGUCUGAACUGGGAGAUCCAUUAAUGGCUCAGAAUAUGAGUUGGGCUCAACAUGCGGUCGGCGCCUUUCCUCAGCCACGAACUCACCGAGACAGAAUGGUAGGAGGAGGAAUCCAUCGAAGUUGGCCAAAUAAUAAAAGGCUCUCUCGAUAGACAAAGCAACCAGGAGUCAAGGUGCCGCGAGACUCUCUGUUGGUUUUCCCGCAACACGGACUAAGACGGCUGUCCUUCUGGAAAUGAUGAAUGGCUGACAAGCUCUGGGAGCAACAGGAGGGAGACGUGAAUUGGCGCAUAGGACACAGUGCUGGGCAGAAGGAUGCUAUACUCAUCUUCUGUUCCCAUCAUCACUUUAAACAAUGGCCUUUCAAUGGGAUGAUUCCAACAGAUUCCACAUGGAAAACACUUAUGUCCCUGUGGAGAUGGCAGUACCAAAUCGGUGGCGCGUGUCCUUCUGGCUUGCACUCUUUAGAAAGACUUGAGGAAUGAGGUUAUCACCCCUCUUUUAUGGUCCAUUCCGGGUCACCCAGCCACUGCCACCGUGUCCUUUCUCUUGGCAGAUCAAGAUGAGCAGGUGACAGCAAAGGUUGCAAGGUUUUUAGCUGGAGCAAUCAGAAUAAGAUCCCCUACAGUGGUACAUAGGGUUACAUACGCUUCAGGUUACACACACUUCAGGUUACACACACUUCAGGUUACAUACGCUUCAGGUUACAGACUCCGCUAACCCAGAAAUAGUACCUCAGCUUAAGAACUUUGCUUCAGGAUGAGAACAGAAAUUGUGCACUGGCGGCAUGGCAGUAGUGGAAGGCCCCAUUAGCUAAAGUGGUGCUUCAGGUUAAGAACAGUUUCAGGUUAAGUACGGACCUCCGGAAUGAAUUAAGUACUUAAACUGAGGUACCACUGUGUUUGACUAUUGAUUCAAAACCCUAAAAUGUAUUUUAUAUAAUUGACUUUUUAUGUCUAUUCUUUGUACAGUGGUAAAACCCACCCAGAACAUCAUCCAAUCACACACCCACCAACCCCAUUGCUGGAUUGUCUACCACCUGUUUUCCAAUGGGCACACUGUGGGGUAACGUAGACUCAACCUACGAUGAGCUUUUAUCUCUUGAAUGAAACCAGUUCCCCUUGAAGCACUUUUCAGAGGCAAAGACAUGUGUGAUAGACAAGGGCGGAUUUAGGUUUGAUGAGACCCUAAGCUAUUGAAGGUAAUGGGGCCUUUUAUACGUCCAGCUGUGCUUUGUCAACAACAAAUUGCCGCUGUUUUUUGUGUUGAAUAUAUGCUACAUGGUAAUUUAUGCACCUAAUAGGUAUCUGAAGCCAUUUGCACAUGCAGAAUAUAGGCACCCUAUAUAUAACGGUAAAGGGACUCAUUAGGUCCAGUCGUGGCCGACUCUGGGGUUGCGGCACUCAUCUCGCUUUAUUGGCCGAGGGAGCCGGUGUACAGCUUCUGGGUCAUGUGGCCAGCAUGACUAAGCCGCUUCUGGCGAACCAGAGCAGUGCACGGAAACACCGUUUACCUUCCCACCGGAGUGGUACCUAUUUAUCUGCUUGCACUUUGACGUGCUUUUGAACUGCUAGGUUGGCAGGAGCAGGGACCGAGCAACGGGAGCUCACCCCGAAAUGAGGAAAUCAGUGAUAUUUUAGGCAGCAGACUGGCAGGCAGGACCCAUUACUUACAUCAUAGGAGCCUACACAACACAAAACACUGUUGCUGUAUGUAGGUUUUAUUUUAUUUGUUUUUUAUCUUAUAUUUUGGAAAUGUACAUCCAGUGUUUUUUUUCCUUUAAAUUUUUUUGGGCCCCCAAGAGAGUGAGGCCCUAAGCUAUAGCUUGUUUAGCUUAUAUGUAAAUCUGGCAUUGGGGGUAACAUAGACUCAACUUGUGACAAGCAUUUAUCUCUUGAAUGAAACCAGCUUCCCAAGAAGCACUUUUCAGGGGCAAAGACAUGUGUGAUGGAUCUAGACUGUGUGCACACUGCAGAGAAGAAACCAAGGACGCCAUCUGCAUCAAUUCUAGAAUAAAAUGUUGCGUGUCGGCAGUCUAAGCGUCCCAAACAUUAGAGAUCGUGGAAGUCAGAAGUGAUGGUUGCCUUACUCUGUUAUCCACUGUAUUGCAAGAAGCUGCAGACAAAUUCCUCCCCAAGAUGUUUCUCGUAGAUCCUGCCUCCUCAUUAGCAGACAACAUCUGUUUCUUACCAUAAUUAGCUCACAGUUCAGUAGGUAUCUUCAGUUUCUUACACCUGUACUUACAAUCAACACAGAAAUUUCAGAAGCAUGCCUUGUCUCCUUCUGCCCCUACUUUUGCUAUUAUUUAUUGAAUUUAUAUUCAGCUGCCCUAUACCCGGAGGUCUCAGGGCGGUUCACAGAAAAGAUCAACAUAAAAACCGCAAUAUAUAUCAUCGGAAUAGAAACAGCAAUGAAACUAACAUCACUUGUAUUUUCCAGCUGUUUUUCCAACAAAGGGGAACUCAGCCUUAUUCCAACACCCCUCCCUUUGUUUUGAUUUAGGGGUGCUUGUUUAUAUAUAUAAAAAAGAAUAAAUAAAUACAUAUCUGGAUCUUGAAAUUCAAACGCACUUCCAGUUUGCAAGUUAAAGCAAAAAAAUAUAUACCCAUUUCCCGAAAGACUGAAGAGGAAUUCUUAAUACGCUCAACCCAAGCCAUCCUGAGUCGGGCCAUAAAUUUUUAUUUCUUGCCACCUGCACGACGGUGCUGAAAGAAAUGGGGGAAGUAGAUUAGGGAGGGAGGGGGGAGCCGCGGGAAGAGAAUCGCAGCUGGUCCUGCUGGGGAAGCAUUAUAGCUGGGCUCUUUGGACUGGAAGGGUGUGAGGUCUGGGGUCUUUUCCUGCCAGGUUUGUUCCAAGCGGGAGGGGAUACAUAAUUACACCGUCUCGCUCAGCCAUUAGUGUCAAGACUCAUUAGGAAGCCCAUCCACUCAGCGGCCAUGACAGUAGGUACAGGCAAAGGCUCUCACACAGAAGGGGGAAAGCCAGCCAAAGACUCUCCAGGCAGUUUUUAGGUGGGAGCUGGUGGGAGGCAGCAAUUGUGGAAUUCCCGUCUGGAUAAUUAGAGCCAGCGGGGCAUUGGAUUGGCCCAGGCAGGGCUUUCAUUCUCCCCCCUUGUUGUUUUAGUGGGAUUGGCAGGUGCUGCUGUCUUCUGAGGGCAAGGUGAUGCGCCUGUGUCAUCGUUCAGAAUGAGAAAUGAUCGUCAAUUUGCCGCCAUGCUCCUGGG